GGCCCGUAGAGAGCAUUUUUCAGCCAUGAGCGGGUCGUCCUCAUCUUCGUCAUCCUCGUCCUCAUCCGAGUCCAACCAGGACGAGGCGGCGUCUGACCCUGAGUCCGAGGAAGCGGAUGCUCCGGAGUCCCAAGGACGCCAAGGACGACCUGCCCCCGCAGCUGCUCCGGCGCCGGCCGUGCCGAAGCCUGAGGCACCGAGGCCAAAGCCUAAGAAGCGUCCAGCGGAAGAGGAGGAGCAGGAGGCUUUCAGGUUAUCCAUCGAAAGCCUGCAGGGGAGAUGGAGACACUCCGUGUCCUCCCUCGGGAUGCUAUGCGUGAAGGGACGCUCCGUGAAGUUCGUAGAUGGCAGCAGCUACGAGCUCAAGGAGCUUUCCCCUGGCCGCAUCGACAUGUGCGGUUGGCAGACCGUGGCAGCCAGAAGCUCGCCAGAGGUCAUCGUUUGGUCGCUGGAGAGCGAUCCCGCGACCACUUGCAACUGGCUGUUGGAGGAGGACGUGGAUCAGAACACCCUCGAGGGUUUGGACUCCAGGAACAUCAUCCAGGGCAAGCGUCGGCGCGCCAAGGUGGACUAUGCCGCCCUGGAGCGGCAGAUCGAUCAAGAGCAGAAGAAGACCCAGGACGUUUUCUCGGAUCGAUCCAGCGACUCAGGCGAAGGCGAAGGCGAGUCCCUGGAGAUGAGCCCAAAGGAGUGGGCCGAACACCACGCCAAGCAGUCCGCGAAGGCUGCCGGCGAGUUCCGGAAGUGGAUGCUCAGCACCUGUACCAGCAGGCACGAGGAGCUGCUGCGGCGCAAGGGCCUGCUGGUGACCCGCAUGCCCGUGGCGCUGGUGGGCCCGGGUCGGCGUACUCUGGAGAAGGAGCUGGCCCCUUACGGGGUGAAGCUGCGCUUCCAUUGCCAGGAGACCGUGGUCCUGGUUGACGCGAGCUGUCGGGAGCGCUUCCAGGCGAAGCACCCACAAGAGUGGAGAGAUGCGCGGGAGGCGAAGGAGUCGCCCACCACGGCAGCACCCGUCGCUUCGCCGCCAGCGUUGGCGGCGCCAGCGGCGCCAGCGGCGCCGGCCGCAACUUCGGCGUCGCAGGCGGUCAGCCCCGCAAAGAAGAGGCGGCUGCGGAGAAUCGUCACCGACUCGGAUGACGAGGCACCAGAGGCUGAGGCUCCAUCGACUGAGGCACCGCAAUCGACGUCCGAGGGCCAGGUCCCCGAUCUUCAGGCUGCAUGGUCAGAGGUUGAGGAGAAGUCGGGCGUUGUCCCGACUCCGGAGGCGGACAAAGCGAAGGGAUCGCCACCUCCGGUAAGUCAGGAGAGGCCCCCCCGGCGAAGGAGCGAACCGAGGCGCCGCCUCUUCAGAUCUUUGAGAAGGCCAAGAGGCGACUGGAAGGCACCCCGCCGAUGCCGGCGGAGAAGGCAUUGAAGGUGCUGGCCUACCUGGAGAAGGAGUGCGUGGAUGCGGACAUACUCCUGUCCACCAAGAUCGGCGUUACGGUCAACCGCUUGAGGAAAACCUACUCUGAGAACGCUGCGGUGGUAAAGAAGGCCACAGAGCUGGUGGCGAGAUGGCGCGAUCUCUGGGUAGACUCGCAGAAACGCGGGUG